AUGUCGUCAAUAGCACAAUCUGUUGAAGGAAAUGAUGAUCAACCUGAAGAUGAAGAUGUUGAUGGUGUUGCUAUUGGUAAAAAACAUAAACUAGGACAUUUACGUAUUGAUACACAAGGCAAUGUUACAUUUAAACGAUUACCAACAACACAACUUGUUGAAGCAUUACAAUUAGGAAUACAAUAUACAGUUGGUGGUCUUCAAGCAAAAGCAGCACAUGAUGUACUUUAUCAAGAUUUUCUUACUGUUGAAAUAAUACAUUUUCCUAAAGAAGGAACUAAAACAACACCAGCACAUCGUUUUAAUGAUUUUACAAUUCGUUCGUAUGCUCCAGUAGCAUUUAGACAUUUUAGAGAAUUAUUUAAUAUCAGACCAGAUGAAUUUUUAUAUUCUAUAUGUAAACCUUUACGGGAAUUAAAAAAUCCGGGUGCUAGUGGUAGUUUAUUUUAUUUAACAUCUGAUGAUGAAUUUAUAUUAAAAACAGUACAAAAAAAAGAGGCAGAUUUUUUAAAAUGUCUUCUUCCCGGUUAUUAUAUGAAUGUUACACAAAAUCCACGUACUUUAUUACCUAAAUUUUUUGGUCUUUAUUGUUAUCAGGGUGAUAAUAAAAAUAUUCGUAUAACUGUAAUGAAUAAUUUAAUUCCAUCUUAUCUACAUAUGCAUGAAAAAUAUGAUCUCAAAGGUUCAACAUAUAAACGACGAGCUAAUAGUGAAGAAAGACGUAAAGAAUCUCCAACAUGGAAAGAUUUAGAUUUUAUGGAACGACAUCCUGAUGGUCUAUUACUUGAUACAGAAACUUUUAAUGCACUUGCAAAAACUGUUCAACGUGAUUGUCGAGUACUCGAAAGUUUUCGUAUAAUGGAUUAUUCAUUUUUAAUUGGUGUUCAUCAUGUUGAUGCACCAACAGAUUCUGGAGGAGAUCGUGCAACUGUAAAUGUAAUGCUUACACCUGGUGAACAAACAUCUGUACAACCAAAACGUAUGAUGUAUUCAACUCCAAUGGAUACUAUUCAAGUAGAAUUUGAUGAACAUAAUAAACCAGAUGAUCAUCUAGUCAAAACUGGUGGUAUUCCAGCUCGAACUGCUAGUGGCCAACGAUUGUUACUUUAUGUUGGUAUAAUUGAUAUUUUACAAUCUUAUCAAAUACGUAAAAAAUUAGAGCAUACAUUUAAAUCUGUUCUUACGGAUGGAACUCAAAUAUCAGUAACAAAUCCAAGUUUUUAUUCUGAACGUUUUCAAAAAUUUCUCUUUACAACUGUAUUUAGAAAAGCACCACGUGAUAAUGCCAAAAAAUUUCGUACAAUUGCAUUAAUUGCUUUACGAGAAUCACCAGUUAAACGUCGAUCAAGAUUGUCAAAAAUGCUACAUGGAUCUGAACAAGAAAAAGAUAUGAUAUCAACUCCAAUAAUAAUGAGAAAUGAUCGAAGUAGUUUACAAACAACACCUAUGGGACGACGUUCAUUUGAAAUAACUCCUUUACAUUUACAUCAAUCAGCAGCUAGUUCACCAAAAACGACAACAAAUAAUAGAAAUUAUCGUAGUAAUGUACCACUCUAUGCAAACCAUGCAAGUCCAAGUUCAAGUACACAAACUCAAGCAACAAGUAGUCAUAUAACAUCCUAUUAUUCAUCAUCACCAUCAACACGUACUAAUACAUUUGCACGUAAAUUAGAUGUUGAAAAUAAUAAACAUGAUAGUUCAACAACUGUUUAUUCAAGUUCACAUAAAUCAGAUUCUUUAUAUAAUGAACCAACAAGACAUAAUUCAGCUAAAAUUUUAACAACAUCAUUUAAUAAUCGAUUAAAAAUUACCUAUAGUCCAUCACAUAAUCGAAAAAAUUUACCAAAAUCCUCAAUAGAUACAACUAAUGAUGAUGAUGAUAAUGAUGUACCACGUCAGAUUUUAUUACCUAUUGGUGGUGGAAUUGUGGGAAAAUUAGCAUCAUCAGCUACGAAUUUAUCUUACCAUGACAAGUCAGCUGAGCAUUCACCAGUACAUCGUCAAUAUCGUAAUCCAUCGGCAAGUGGUAUUAAUGAUGAUAUGGUAUGUUUGACAAAAAAUUUUAAUUAA